AUGGAACAGCUGUUGCAGGAAAAUAAUCCGGAUCGAAUCCUCUUGGGCCUGGUCACCAGUUCCAUUGGUGAUGUCUUCGUUGCCACGGCUGACGACGAAACUUUUACCAGAGCAAUAUGUGCACUAGACCCGGAAUAUUUCAUUGCUCCCUACCGAAAUCUUCAUCGCUAUGUGAAACCGACUCUGGAAAGUGAGCCGCGUUUUCGCAUAGUGAAGUCUCUAGAGGAGCGCAUAACAACCUUCAUUGGCAUCCUUGACACCCUCGUCACUCUCCGACAAGACAGCGGCUAUGAUAUUCCAUUAGACAUCUAUCGGCACCUGCUUCGAUGCGCCGCUGCCGGUGGCCAAGGAAAUAUGGCGCGGAAUGUUUUUCGCAACCUCUUGCCAGAGAGAAACAUGAUACCUGAUUUGGAAUGCUACAAUUACUUUAUGGAGGCUCUGAACUGGAACGAGGCCUACGGCAGAUUCGAAAGGUACCAAUUGAGAGUAACCCCCUACAGCUUGGACCGUCGCUCCAGCACAUAUCGACGCACGGGGUACACAGGUCACGGAGUAGCAACGUCAAGCAACCCAGACAAUGAGCAGUCAAUAAGGCUGGAAGUGUUGAGGGUUUUUAAUGAACUGGUGCGGCAAGGUCUAAGAGGGAAUGAAGCCACGUUCUGCAAUUUGAUGGUGGCCAUGGGUCGUGAGGGGGACAUUGUGAGUGUCAAAAGUGUCCUGAAAUCUGUCUGGAACGUCGACCUGGACGCUCUGGACAAGUACGAUGAAGAGGAACUGGAAAGUCCGACAUUCUAUGAGGAGGGCUCACCCCUCCGCCCUACAGAGCGGCUUCUCUUUACAGUCGUCCACAUAUUCGCCACAAACAAUGAAAUCAGCGUGGCGGGAAUGUUGCUUGACUACCUUUCCAGGAAUUACAAUCUCACGAUUCCAGAGGACCUCUGGACUUACCUUCUGGAAUGGACUUUCGUUCUUUCGUGCCAACAACAAGGAUGGAGAGUUCGCAAGGGAUUUGGUGUCGGCCGCGUGUCCUUCCAGGCAGUCGAGUCAUUAUAUGAUGUGUUCCACAGUGAACCAUAUAACAUCAAACCCAAAAUUAUUGAUCUCAUCUUUCGAGCGAAGAUGUGGACACGGCGACAUACCCUAGACCGUGCGCUCGACGAUAUCCGCGCGUGUAUGCAGAUGCUCGAUGAAGAACGAACGAACCUCUCAGUGUUGUACGACGAGAUGCGCGAGAAACUGCGCACCAAAUACGAUGGCAUCUUCGAAGACGGAGUGGCAUCAGUUGAAUUCUUGAAGCUGAAGAGGGAGUUUUUGUUUGCUUCUCUGAGAUUGGAUUGUCAUCUCCAACUGAUCAUCAUUGCGGUUCGUAAUGCCUUCAAGCAGAAGGACUGGCCGGGAUCCAGACGGGAGGUGGAAUGGGCUUACAGGCGGUUGCCUCAACUCGUUGAAGAAUGGUCUGACUACCUGCCGGACAUCAUCCCAUACUACACGCCAUCCGGGCAUGUCAGUUUGUUUGGCCAGGAGCACCGGCAGAGCGCCAUUGUUUCGGCAAACACAGCCCAGACGACUAAGACGGGCGCAAUGCGGGCCAUGUUCGACACUUACAGCCCUGCCCGCCUGCGACAUUCUGCAGAUUAUGUGAGGCGCGGACCAAGAGGUCUCGCGGCUUUCGAUGAAGAGGCCGAGUCGGAUGAGGACGAAGCAGCCGACUGGGUCCUGAACUAUGAACGACAUGGGCGGGAUGAGCGGCUCGGAAAGAGGCGAUACGGCCAUCUCAACUACCCUUCGGCCGACUGGAGGACGGAAGAGUGGAAGCCUUGGUCCAAGCAUGCUGGUCCCUAUCGCUGA